AUGGCAGAGGUAUUGUGCAAACCCAGGAAUGUUUCCCAUACUUUGUAUAAGUUAAAUGAUUGGAUUGAAAAGGGCAUGAUAAAUGUUAGUCCUGAAUUUCAACGAGUAGACGAUAAUCGUAUGAUACGAAAAUGUAUCGAUGGAAAGCAAAGAUUAACAUCAAUUAGCAGAUUCAUGAAGAAUGAAAUACCUCAUUUAGUGCCUUCCGAAAAGACUAGUUCGAAGCGCUACUUUACGAAUCAUAAAGGAGCAAGAUCAAUAACUGACACUGAGAGAGAGUUGUUUGAAUGUUCAGAAAUUGUGUUUGAAUAUUAUGAUCUCACACAAAUACAAGAACGAGAAAUCUUUAGUCGUGUUCAACUUGGGAUUUCAUUAACUCCAGCAGAAAAACUUUGGGCAAUCAGUAGUACGAUGUCAGAAUUUUUGCAUAAAACUUAUGAAACUUAUAAUAUUAUUACACAAAUCAUGGAUACAAAACGUGGAAAAUUAUUUCAUGUUAUGGCACAAUUAUUUUUCAUUAUUGAAAAUGAACCUCAAAGACUUAAUGCAAGACCUAAAGUUAUUGAAGAAUACUUAAGAAAUACUCGUGAAAUUCCUAUUCAUUUUCAAGAAACAAUUAAACGUGUUUUUGAUACUUUGACAUUAUUGAUAGAAAUCAAUCCUGAUAUUUUUCAUAAAAAUCAUCGAUUAUCACCUAUUGAAUUCGUUUUCUUUUCCUGGAUUAUCGCUAAAAAUCAAAGGUUUUCUUUAUUACAAUGUCAAGAAUGUUUACUUAAGAUGAAGAAACAUGUAAGAGAACAUCAUGAAGAUACACGGUUUAAUGAUAAGGUUUAUACAACUUUAAAAAUAUUCAUGGAUAAUCUCGACUUUGAAGAUUUUAAUGAUUCAUCGUCGUCUUAUGAGUCUUAUGAUAAUUUGCCAGCCAAGAAACGGAUUAAAUCUACAUGA